CCUCUCUCUCUUCAGUGUUCUUCGCGCUUCGUUCUCUGGUCCACCGUCUCCCUGCAUGAGUCUCUCUCCGUCCGGGCUCCUUCGCUAUGCUCGACGGCGAAAGUCGACAAUUCCGGAAGUUGACGAGUCCAAAGUCUUGAGGCCAAGUCCACUACAAGCUGCGGCGGCGGCCGUCGGGGUUUCUGAUUCAGUUUCAGGCUGUGUACACUCUGAACCCAUGGAGGAAACAGAAGAGAACCUUCAGGAGAGUAGUGAUACUAAUCCCACGGAUCAUAGUGCUGGUAAUCUUGGGGUGGUUGUGAGAGAGUCGGAAGCAGAAUGCCUGGUUGAUUCGACUUUUGGGAGAGAGAUGAUUUCAGAGAGUGAUAAGCUAGUUGAUUCAGAUGGAUUGCCUGUGACCGAGGACAUGGCGGGAGCUUCCAAGUCUGUGGUCGAUGCUGUUGAGACUGGAAACCCACAAGAUGAACAACCACAAAUGGAUUUGGAUUUGAGAGGAUUGGUGAGCUGUGAAAGGAAGGCUCCCUUUGAUCUGAGCAAUGACUUGCAGAUGGAUCCCGGAUGUGGAGAUGGUUACCUUGAGAAUAUAGGGAAGAAAGUUGAGGUUUUGGAAUCUCAAUGCCAUGUUGUUUCAAACUUGGUGGUGACAGAGAGUGGAAACCUUAGUGUUGGUGGAGCUUCCGGUGAUUCACAGAGAUCAUCCGUGGAGUCUCUGUGCCAUGAGUCUCAUGUUACUCAGGUUGAGUUGAGAACUGCUAAUGCAAGCAGCCAGCCACACGAUGAACGGCUCAUGGAUGUAGAUUCUAAAGGAGCAGAGAGUAGCCCUCACUGUGAAAGGAAUGCUCCUUUUGAUCAGAAUGAUUCCCUGCAGAAGGGUGCAGAAAUUGGAAGUGAGAAUUCAGCGCCUAAAGUUGAGGUUUUGAAUCCUGAAUCUGAAUGCAAUGAUGUUUCAACCCCAGUGGUCACUGAGGGCGUUGUGGAGAGAAAGCUAAGUGAUGGAGCUUCUGGUGAUUCACAAAGAUCAUCUAUGGAAUCUCCUUUCCUAGAAUCUCACGUUACUCAGCCCGAGGCAAGCGCUUCACCAUCUGAGGGCCUUCAUUCUGACAACAUUGGCACUGCAAGCGUCGUCGAGCCACAUGAUGAACGACCUAUGGAAGUAGUUCAGGAAGGAGCAGGAAGUAGCCAUCUCUGUGAAAGGAAUGCUCCAUUGAAUCUGAAUGAUACUGUGAAGAAGGGUGAUGAAUGUGUAGAUGGUCAAAAUGAGAAUUUAAGGGUGGGAGCUGAGGUUUCGAAACCUGAAUCCCAUGUUGUUCCAACUAUAGUCGCGGCAGAGAGGGUUCCCGAGAGUAGAAGUAAUAGAACUUCUGGUGAUUCACGGAGAUCAUCUUCGGAAUCUGCUUGCCCCGAGUCCCUAGUUACUAAGCCUGAGGUGAGAGCUUCACAGUCUGACGGCCUUCAUUCUGACAACAUUGGCAUAGCUAGCACCGGCCAGCCAUAUGAUGAACGACCUAUGGAUCUGGAUUCACGAGGAGCCGAGAGCAGCCCUCACUUUGAAAGGAAUUUUUUGGUUGGUCUGAAUAAUUCCUUUCAGAAGGGUGAUGAACGUGGAGAUGGUUACAGUAAGAACGUAGGGGCUGAAAUUGAGGUUUCGAAACCGAAAUGCCAUGUGGUUUCAACCAUGGUGGUGGCAGACAGGGUUCUGCAGAGCAGACAGCUAACUGACGGUGGAGCUUCUGGCGAUUCACAGAGAUCCUCUGCGAAAUCUCCUCGCCAUGAGUCUCUUGUACCUCAGCCUGAGGUGAGAGCUUCAAAUUCUGAGGGUCUUUAUUCUGCCACCAUCGGCACUGCUAGCACUGGUCAGCCACAUGGCGAACCACUUAUGGAUGUAGACUCGAGUGGAGCUGAGGAUAGCCCUCAAUGUGGAAGGAAUGUUCCUUUGGAUCUGAAUGAUUCCAUAAAGAAGGAUGAUGAUUGUGGAAGUGGUCACAAUGAGAAUUUAGGGGCACAAGUUGAGGUUUUGGAACCUGAAUGCCAUAAUGUUUCUAUCAUGGUGGUGGAACAGAGGGUUCCAGAGAGUAGAAAGCUAAGUGGUGGAGCUUCUAAUUCCCAGAGAUCAUCUGAUGGAUCUCUUUGCCAUGAGUCUCAUGGAACUCUGCCUUGGGCAAGAGCUUCAAAGUUCGAGGGCCUUCAUUCUGAUACCAUUGCCACUGCUAUCAGCAGCCAGCCACAUGAACAAGGACCUAUGGUUCUGGAUAUGGGAAGAGCAGAGGAUGACCAUCCCUGCAAAAGGAAUGCUCCAGUGGAUAUGAGUGAGGCCUUGCAGAAGGACGAUGAGUGUGGUGAUGGGUACAAUGAGAAUUUAAGAGCGCACAUUGGGGUUAUGGAACCAGAAUGCUGUGAUAUUUCAACCAAAGCGGUGGCAGAAGGGGUUCAAGAGAGUAUAAAGCUAAGCUAUGGAUUUUCCGGUGAUUCACAAAGAGCAUCCAUGGAUUCUCCUUGCCACGAGUCUCAUUUCACUCAGCCUGAGGCGAGAGCUUUACAUUCUGAGGUUCAGCCACAAGAUUGGCCUAUACGUGCAGAUUCUGAAGCGGUACGGAGUAGCCCUCACUGCAUCCAAAAGUUUCCAAUGGAUGCAAAUAAUUCUCCAAAGAAAGAGGACCAAUCUAGAGAUGAUUACUAUGACAAUUUAGGUGCUCCAAUCCAUGUUUCGGGUGCUGGAAAAGAAAUAUCUUUACCGAGGGUCCCUCAGCACUUCAUAGGGAUGAAAGAUGGUGAUCCAUGUCGUCUCCCAAUCGGUAACCAUUUGGAGGAGGCUAUUGAUGAUUUACCACCAGGGGUACAGAGGGGUCCCCGAGACUAUCUAAGGGGAGUUUGGGAUUACGCAAGGAAGGCAGCUCACCAGGCCAGGGUUAACUCACUGGAGGCUUCCUUGUCUCAAAAACGGGUUCGUGAAUUGGAGUCUCAAGUGCAGUCUCUGAAUCAACUUAUGGAGGAUUGGAAGCAUAAGGCCCUAGAUUUCAUGGAGCGUAGUCGUUGCUUUGGGAGUUCCCUUGCUCCUAUUCACGUUUUGCCAGUCACUGGGACGGGACUUCCUGAUGCAGAGCCAUUUCACCGUCUUCCUUUGGCUGCUACUUCCACUGGAGCUGUAUUCACUCCCAAGGAAAAUCCACUCGUUGAGGGCAUACGAACGACUCCCCCAUCUGGGCCUGGCGUAUCGAUGGGGUUCACACCCACCGGACGAUUAAUAGCCUGGGCUCCCGAGCGUUGCUCCUCUAGUGCUUCACCAACCGCGAUGAACAAUGACACCUACCCUUCAUCUAUUCAACAUCUUAGCAUUAGUACUGACGCCAUCAAGACUUGCACUUUGCCUCCUACUGGUGGUGUCUUGGGUUCCAGCGCCAACUGUGUUCAGAAGCCACGCCAUGUACGAAGGGUGAGGUUCGAAGGACUAGACGACGACAACGACGACGGUGAUGGAAAUGUGAGGCCUUUCCAUGUGCCUAAGAAGAGGAGGACACAUGACUACUCGUCUCGAAAAGAAGAAGCACCAACCUUGCAUAAGACCUCUGACGGUUAGUACAAUAUACAUGUAUAGACUAUAGUAAGUUAUAGAGUACAUAGGGGCUGUCUCUAUAUGGUCGAGAGGCAUUAUUUAGCUACCCUUUGCUUAGGCGCAUUGCUUCAAAGAAGAUAAAUGAGAGAAUCUGCUGUUUCCCUCAUCUUGGCUUUUGUUUCCUUUUUUUUGGUUGGCUAGGGAUGGUUGUUGCAUUGGCUUCUGAUUAUUUAUCGUUAUGGUUCCUUCCUGACUCAAAUUUCCUCGCUAUCUUUUGUUAGAAUAACACUACUUCGGUAUCUGCUGUGUUGUGUGCUUCGGGUUACCUGAUAACAUAUCGAGCUACUUCGAUCAUGAAUAGCACAAAAUACUUUCAUUUCCUUGUAUAAA